AUGCGUCGUGGGGACCUACCAGUCGAGGAACCAAAGGGGAGCUCUUCGGGCUGCCGGAAUAUUCCAGUCCUUCCCUGGAACAAGAGUGUGACCACAAGCGUUUCUUCUUGCUGCGGCCAUCAGGGCACCUAUUACGCCUGUCAAAUCAGAGCUCAAGUGUGUCAUGGACUUCUGUUCAAUCACCGUGCCCUUACGUAUGCCCAGUCGAUGCAUGCAACUGAGAAGUGGGAAAAGGGAGAGGGAGCAAAUGAGCUCAGUCAGGUUUGGAAGCGGGAUCUAGCUCCUGUACAACAGAAACCUCAGGCUAAAGUUGCACCUUCUCAAUCUGACCUCUAA